CAGCAACGGACCAGACGUGCCACGGAGCUACAGGAUUACAUCGGAAUAAAACCACGCCGCCGGCAACGUGCCCCAAAAAUGGAGUUGGAGUAAAUUAUCGGGGGAGAGCCAAAUUUUCAUCUGGCAACGCUGACCACGCGGAAGGAUAGAAUACAGAAGAAAGCUGAAAAAUGGAUAACAGAAAUGCAGCACUUUUCUUUGAUAGCUUGAAUGCCGCGCAUUCUCCUGUUAGAGGUCUUGGCCGAUCGCUGGCCGAAAACUGAAUCAUUAUUUGGACUCGAAAGUCAGCAAAGGGAAUCUAACUACGAUUUAUUAAUAGGAACCUGGGUUCCCGGGCUAACUACUGGGGUUUAACUCGACCCAAUCGCAGUCGGCUGCUAAGUAAUCUGGUUAAAAAAUUGAAAGAGAUUAGUGGGAAACUGAGAGCAUUGAUGUAUAGGGGUUGUUUUUGUAUAUGAGAGUGUCUGUGAUUGUGCCUAACGGCUACAGAUUCAAAAAAUCUGUAUAUAGAGACAUGAAGUACAAAAAUGUACUUUGUAAAAUAAAUCAUUUAAAUAGAUAAAUUCAAAGCUACAGCUACGUUGUGAGUUAUUUCAAAGCUACAGCUACUUUGUGAGUUAUUUUAUGUUCACUCUCAUGCCCAAUAAAUAUGAAAUAAAUACCGAACCCUGCGGCUGCGCGGACGAGGUUCAUCCGAAACCAGGACAUCUAGUUUGCUAAUCGGUGUGUGACCUGACGAAUGGUGUGCCCAAAACGGAAGUGUACAAAAACAAACAGUGCCAGGCCAGUAUUCGGGUUUUCCGCACUUCCGCCUGUGGCAGUAUGAGCUCGCACUAUCUCAACUCCUGUGUGAAGGUGCCCAUCGAUCCGUGCAACAACUGUCCAGCUCCCACCUACAAUCGUCCCAAGCUCUGUUCACUGGGGGGAAAGAAGCCUUCAGAUAUCGCCCCCACUGUGCCACCGGAGACGCCUGCCUGGAGCAGCCAGAUGGGUAUUAGAUCUCUGGCCAAGUUUUACGACAGUAUACCUGACUACUGUGAUGUAAGGCACCUGCACCAGGCCGAGUUCUACUCCACGUUGGAGAGUUUGCGCAGCACCAGUCGUGAGCUGCGAUCUCAGCCAGCUGCAGCUUCAGCAUCACGACCAACUAAUUCAGGAUCAGCUCCCGCUCCCACUCGAGAUCGAUGUUCCAGUGCCAGCAGCAGCAUCUUAGGACAUGGGAAGUCGAAAAAGCGAUCAGCCAAGGGCAAGAAGACGAAAAAGCCUCCGCUGGUGCUGGGUCCAGUCCUUCCACCACCUGUAAUCGCCGAGACCCCAGACCCCCAAGAUCGCUGUGUGACACCUGCCAUAUUGCAUACCCCUAGUUCCAGUUGUCUGAGCGAGGAGUACGACAAAUGCCUAAGGGAUUUGAGCCGGCUGAAGAGUUUUAAAGAGGAUUAUGCUGUGGAAGUGGCCGACUUCAAGAGAUCUCUCAAGAGCUUUGAGGCGGAGUUUCGAAGAUCCAAGCCCAUCUGCAGUAAUGCGACUCAGACGCAGACUCAUAGCCAGCCCCCUGCCCGUUGUCAGAUCCCUGCUAAUCCGGGUCAACACACGGCGGAACGGGCCAAGUGCCGCAGGGAGAUGCUGCGUAGGUGCUUCAGUGUCAAUGAUAUCGGAGGAACUGUCACGGAAUCGCAACCUCUGAAUUCGGUUCUAAAAUCCUCUAAGCCCAAACUCAGCAACUACUUUCCUGCGAGCAAGGAGGAGCAUGUGCCCAAGAUUCAAAUACAAUCACCCACCGCCUCCUCGAAGAGGAGCAGUAGUGCAUCCACAGUGGGUAGGAGCAGAGGAAGACGCGGUCGGGGUAGGAAGCCCAACACAGUAUCAACAAAAGUGGAGCAGAAACCACUGCCAGCGAUGAGCAUGUUUGAUUUGAUCGAGGAGCCGCUCCAAAGACGAUCGCCCAGUGUAUCUCCUUUACAUCCGGUAGCGCGUCCCAAUCUGGCGGCCACCUUGAGGGCUGAAGUCUCGCGGAAGAAGGUAAAGGAAUUGAAGAACAAUUGCACUUUUCACGAUCCACGCCCGCAAUUCGAUUGGGAGGUGCGAAAGACGCCGGCCUGGAAGUCGUUGUCCUUGAACGAAUCCCACAAGGCUCUCUUAUCCAUCCGCUUGGCCACUCGAAAAGCGGAGCAGGCACUGCAGGAGCGACAAUAUGAACUCCAUAUGGAGAUGAUGCGGAACCGGGUGAAGUCCGCUCCCCUGCUCCUCGAAGGACCCACAUUUUGGGGUCCGGAGGUGGGAAAGCUCAGCCACAGCUGCCGGAGUGAGGGUAUGCGUCACUCCUGCGAGGGUAAUAGGCAGCGGAGGAAGAAGAAGUCCGAAUGCGCUGUGGCUGAUGGAGAGACCAAGCUGGAUCAACUCCGCAAGAUCUAUGGCUCUGAGAAGUCUUGCUCGAGACAAUCGCAAAGGAGCAAGCGGUCCGGACGGAGGCCUCGGGAACAGGUCACGGAGACCCCGACUCACGACAGUGGCGAUGACUUAUGCAGCGUGGACAGAGCCUUCCUCUAGAGAAUUACCUAAUA